CCUCAACGGCUGUUUUGCGGCGCGCGCGCUGUACAAUCUGUGUUCCAAGCACUGGCUACUGAAAAUGCAAACCCUGGCUAGGUCCGCCCGGUAGUGCAGACGGCUACCCCCUGGCCAGGGUCGUCUGUGACCCGUAGUCCGUUUCUCCAUCAUCACCGGGAGUAAAUCUCUGCAAACCGACUGGUCCGCUUCCGGAGAGGGGGCAGAUGUCCAGGACUCCAUCUUUCUUCCAGUGGACCCCGAGCCCAAGCAUCUUCGGCAUCCGUGAUUGGCAGUUUUUCCUGGUGCUUGCCACAUUGAAAAAUGGCUGCUGGACAGGACCGGGUAGUUGCCCUCGUGGACAUGGACUGCUUUUUUGUUCAAGUGGAACAGCGGCAAAAUCCUCAUUUGAGGAAUAAACCUUGUGCAGUUGUGCAGUACAAAUCAUGGAAGGGUGGUGGAAUAAUUUCAGUGAGUUAUGAAGCUCGUGCCUUUGGGGUCACUAGGAACAUGUGGGCAGAUGAUGCUAAGAAGUUAUGUCCAGAUCUUCUACUGGCACAAGUUCUUGAGUCUCGUGGGAAAGCUAACCUUACCAAGUACCGGGAGGCAAGUGUGGAGGUGAUGGGGAUAAUGUCUCGUUUUGCCGGGAUUGAACGUGCCAGCAUUGAUGAGGCUUUUAUAGACCUGACCAGUGCCGUACAUGAGAGACUACAAAAGCUACAAGGUCAGCCUAUCUCGGCUGACUUGUUGCCAACCACAUACAUUGAAGGCUUGCCCCAAGGCCCUACAACAGCAGAAGGGACUGAUCAGAAAGAGGAAAAGCGAAAACAAGGCUUAUUUCAAUGGCUUGAUUCUCUUCAGACUGGUAACACCACCUCUCCAGAACUGCAGCUCACUGUCGGAGCAGUGAUUGUGGAAGAAAUGAGAGCAGCCAUAGAGAGGGAGACGUGCUUUCAGUGUUCAGCUGGAAUUUCACACAACAAGGUCCUGGCGAAGCUGGCCUGCGGACUAAACAAGCCAAAUCGCCAGACCCUGGUCUCCCAUGGCUCGGUCCCUGAGCUCUUCAGUCAGACGCCUAUCUGCAAAAUCCGUAAUCUUGGAGGAAAGCUAGGGGCCUCUGUCAUUGAAAUCCUGGGGGUGGAGUACAUGGGUGAACUGAUCCAGUUCACUGAAUCCCAGCUCCAGACUCAUUUUGGGAAGAAGAAUGGAUCUUGGCUAUAUGCCGUGUGUCGUGGGAUUGAACACGAUCCAGUUAAACCCAGGAAAAUACCUAAAUCUGUUGGCUGCGGCAAGAACUUCCCAGGAAAUACAGCUCUGGCUACUCAGGAACAGGUACAGUGGUGGCUUUUGCAGUUAGCCCAAGAACUGGAGGAGAGACUAACCAAGGACCGAAAUGAUAACGACAGGGUGGCCACGCAGUUGGCUGUGAGCAUUCGUGUACAAGGAGACACACGGCUCAGCAGCCUACGCCGCUGCUGUGCCCUUACGCACUAUGAUGCUCACAAGAUGAGCCGUGACGCAUUUGCUGUCAUUAGGCACUGUAACACUUCAGGAAUCCAAACUGGCUGGUCCCCUCCCCUCACAAUGCUUUACCUCUGUGCUACCAAAUUCUCUGCCUCUGCCCCUUCUUCAUCUUGCACAGACAUCACCACCUUCUUGAGCAGCGACCCAAGUGGUCUGCCAAAGGUGCCGGCUACCAGUUCAGAAGCUCAGACCCAGGGAUGUGGCCCGGCAGUGACAGCCGCUAAGAAAGCAACCACUUCUCUGGAAUCCUUCUUCCAAAAAGCUGCAGAAAAGCAGAAAGUCAAAGAAGCUUCAGUGUCAUCUCUUAGUGCCACUACCCAGGCCGCCACGAGCAAUUCACCAUCCAAGCCCUUGUUACCUUUCCAAACCAAUCAGACUACAGGAACUGAGUCCUUCUUUAAGCAGAAGAGUGUGCUUCUAAAGCAGAAAGAGAUUAAUAAUCCUUCAGAUCUCUUCCCUCCACAAAAUCCACAGUCCAGCCCUAAAAAGUUAACAAACUCUUUUCCAGCAGAGUAUCCAGAAGGCACCCCCAGCUGUCAGGCAGUACUGAAGGUAGGAGCCUCUGAAAUAACUCCUGCAGGGAUGGAUUCGGCCCAGAACGGCCCAAGCAGCCUUGCUUUAACCUCUAAGUCUGUUCCGGAGCUGGCUCUGAAGCCAAGUACUACCCUAAGUCCUGUGGCAGCUGAGGACCAGGUGCCCUGUGAGAAGUGUGGCUCUCUGGUGCCUGUAUGGGACAUGCCGGAACACGCAGACUAUCAUUUCGCAUUGGAGUUACAGAAAUCCUUUAUGCAGCCCCACUCCUCCAACUCACGGGUCCUUCCUGCCAGUUCUCCUCAAAGCAAAAGAAAUCCCAAGAGCCCAUCAGCCUCCAGUAGUAAACGCCCUAGGCUUGAGGGAAUGCAGACCUUGGAAUCAUUUUUCAAGCCUUUAGCACACUAGUGCUGCCCUCAGGUUUGCUGCGGGGUUUUAAUAUUUUACCUGGAAACUAGGAGGUAGAAAUGUGUUUACUUCUCAAGGAAACCGAUAACUUUGAUGUCAGACAAAUAAUCGUUAGAUGCUGAGUUAAGACUCCCAUCUCUUCAGGGGCGUGGAUUCUAAUUCCGUUGCUGACAGAGUAAAAACUGACUUAUCUUGCAGAGAAA